AUGAAGCUCUUUAAAUCAGCAUUUGGAAAGAAAGAAUAAGACAAUAACUAAGAAAAAUUAAAAUAAUCUAAUGGUACAUUUACAAUUGAUGAAUAAUUUAUGACUCCAGAAUUUUUAUAUAAACCUUCAUAGGAUGGAACAAAAAAAUUAUCAAAAUAAUUCUUUCUUUCUUUAUCUACAAUUGAAAAUACUUUUAAUUUGUAAUAAGUAAAAUCACAUUCUUUAGUUGAAGAAUUAGUUGCUAUGUAUCAAGAAUGUGUUUAAGUUUAUGAUGGAUUAAUGGAUCCUAUCAAAUAUUAUUUUGUUGAUAAAAUAAAGAAUAUAUUGAAUUAGACAGAUAAAUUUUAAGGAAGAAAUCAUUCAGCAUCUUAACAUGUUUAAUCUAUAUCUACAAAUAAUUUACCAAGAACAAAUUUAAAUGAUUAAAAACCAUUCUUUAGGGAAUUUGAAGAUUUUGCAGAUAGAGGUGAAAAAUUAACAGAAUUUGUUACACCUAGAGAUGAAGAAACAUUAUAUAAGAAUAAUUUAAAUAAACAUGAUGAAAUCAAAAAAAAAAUAGAUAUGUAAUAAUAGAUUAUAUAAUAAUAAUAAUAAGAAUUAUAAGCAUUAAAGAGAGAGAAUAAUAAUUCAAAUAAUUAUUACUCUAAGUCUCUUAAUUAAACACCAGUUGUAGCAUAAUAGACAAAUAUUAAAUAAUCAGAUAAUAAAUAACAAAUUUAAUCAUAAUUAGAAAAUUAAGAAUUAUCAAUUUAAGCAAGAUUAUAGUUACGUUAAAAAAAUUAAAAAGUUAAAAAAGAAGGAUGA